AUGCAUAUGCGACCGUCACCCAAGGCAAAUCGGUGCGUCUCCAAUUCCCGUUCGACCUCUCCCCAAACCGCACACGCCCAUCCGCUCGCAUUGCUGACUAACAUGGUGCAAGGGAUUGAGACCAUUUCGUUCCCUACCAACGCCGCCGGCAUGGCAAUCAAUCGCCGGUCUCCUCGUGCGGAUCGUAGCUCGACUCGUACGUCCCUACAACGAGACGCGGCGUCGUCGUCGUCGUCGUCAGCAGCGGGGAACCGUCGAUUCCUGCCCGUCACGUCCGCUUAUCUCAGAUAUCAAACGAUGCACACCUUUGUCGUGAGUCAACCGAUGAGCGCUGCCGUACUUUUACUCCUCGUUGUGGCGGCACUCGACGGUUUUUACGAAAGUGUACGCGUACGGCACCCGUACAAUUUCGCACACGGGUUGUCCCCCGCGUCGGGACUUUCCAAACUCCCCUCGUCGUCUCUCCGCCGGACGGCAACGACCGGUGCGAACGGAUCCGAACUACCGACACCACUGCUAGCCAAGCAUUCGACUACGGCUACGACUGCAGCCAAUGACACGGCUUCGAUUCCUACCGCCGAUAAUGCACCCCCAACAACCCGAGUUCAAUCGGCUUUCGCGGACAACAGCGUCAGCGACAAUCCGUCGUGCCUCGGCAAGGAGCAUUUGGUACAGAUUCUGAUCGCCGCGGGGAAAACUCCGGAGGAAGCCGAGGCACAGUGUCCCACCCUACCUCUCUGGCAAGAAGUGGUGGAUCUGUACGGCGACGCCCCCAUCAUACUGGGGCAGGAGCGGUGUCAGGCCUACCGGGAAGCCGUGCGCAAUCAGUUCGAAGACGCACCUCCUCUGCACAACAUUCGCGUGGACGGACUCUUCAACGUGGGUACCAACGCUCUGGCACAGAACAAUUUGUUGAAUCUUGAACACGGACGGUACUUUCAACCCAAUUUGUCCUUGGACGAUCCGGACUAUGCGGAAAAGCUGGGCGUGCUCCUCUUCGUGGGUUGGGGCAAACAUUCCAUGAUCAAGUACAAGCCAACUAAUGCGAGGUUACAGUUACCCGUAGUACUCGUCCGAGAUCCCUACCGGUGGAUGAAGAGUAUGUGCAAAACUCCGUACCGGGCUGUUUUUGACCAACAACCCAAUCAUUGCCCCAACCUUGUCCCUACCGAGGACGAACAACUCGCCUCCGGCAAUUUAACUACCUACAAAGUUUCGGUCACUCAGAAUGCCCACAGUACGGUGACGGACGAAUUCGAUUCCCUCGCCGACUACUGGUCGGAAUGGAACCGCAUGUACCGGGACGUGGAGUUCCCGCGGCUGAUUGUACGCUUUGAGGACACCAUUUUUCACGCGGAAGCCGUCAUGGACGCGAUUGCCCGUUGCGCGGGCGUGGAACGGGCAAAACCUUACCGUUACUACGUAGAACAAGCCAAAUCCCACGGUCUCAGCUCCAAUUUUGUGACAGCCUUGGCCAAGUACGGGACAAGCCAAGGACGGUUCGACGGCAUGACUCCAGCCGACCUCGCUUACGCCCGGACCCAUCUAGAUCCGGCACUCAUGAAUACGUUUGGUUACCAGUACCAAGGCAGGUAUACUGCGCCGCAAGUUUCAUUGGCCAAAGAGUCUUAG